CGAACUACUUCAUAGAGUCGAAAGCGUUGAGUAAAAGCUGAAAGUUAAGAUCCCAAAUUCCCAUCAUCUGAUCUUACGACUUAGGAGGCGCACAACCCAGAAGGAAAGAGAGAGAGAGAAAGAGAAAGAAUGGAACAUCACAACACCCAAAAAUACGGCGUUCCUCUUUACGGCGCAUCGUGGGUUCCCUUCAACGCCAUCAAAUCCACCGAUUCAACAUCCGAUGACGUCGUCGGCGCCGGAAAAUCGUCGCCGGAAUUUCUCGUCCUCGCCGGAGGUGGCGGAGAAGGUCGUAGCGGCAUUCCCAACGCACUUCUCCUCUCUGAAUUUGACUCCUCCGCUAAUUCUCUUUCUUCUGAACCUGUUUUUAGACUUGGAACUGCUGCUGAAUUGCCUUACAGAAUGGCAGUUCAUCCUCAGGGUGACGGUCUUAUCUGCUCCUUUCCUAAAGAUUGCAGGUGGUUUGAUUGGGACAUAAAUAGUAACAACGAGAGUGGGAGAUUAAAUUUACGAUCAUCUGACAAGGCUCUUACGAAGUUGGAAGAUGUUGGCCAACAAUUGUCUUUAACAUUUAGUUUGGAUGGCUCGUUACUUGCCACUGGUGGUGAGGAUGGCAAAUUAAGGGUUUUCAAGUGGCCUAGCUUGGAUGUUUUAUUUAGCGAGGAGGAAGCCUAUACUUCUGUGAAGGACCUACAUUUCAGUAUAGAUGGGAAGUAUCUGGUCUCUUUAGGAAGUGGUGGCCCUUGCAAGGUUUGGGAUGUAAUUUCAUCAAAAGCUAUAGCUACUUUAGCCAGGGAGAAUGAUGAGAUCUUUGGGUUUUGUAGGUUUUCUCAAAGUAGUGAAAAUGAACAGGUCCUUUACACAACCGCUAUGCAAGAUAAAGGUGGGAGUAUAAUAUCAUGGAAUACCAAAUCCUGGAAAAGAAUAGCCUCGAGGCGUAUUGUCAGGGAUCCAGUUUCAGCAUUUAAUGUCUCAGUUGAUGGAAAGCUCUUAGCCAUUGGGACCAUUCAAGGGGACGUUCUGAUUAUAAAUUCAUCAAAAAUGCAAGUCCAGAUGAAUGUGAAGAAGGCACACCUGGGCUUGAUAACUGCAUUGACCUUCUCACAUGACUCAAGGGCUUUGGGUUCUGUAUCCAUGGAUUCAAGUGUGAGAGUGACAAUGGUUCAAGACAAAAGCUCUAAUGGUUUGAAUUAUUGGCUCAUCAUGUUGGUUAUACUACUUGCAAUUGUCUACCUUUUCUUCCGGCCAGACAAACAACUUUUGACCAAAGAUUUAUAAAUGUCUGCCGAUGUGCCAAUGAUACAACAUGGCUAAGAGAUACAUUGAAGCACCUUUCAAGUAGAAUGUCUAUUUAUAUUGGAUUGAUAUGUGUAUGAACUUUUCUUUUUAUGGUGUUUCAGAAUUUUGAGGUA